GUGUCACGUCAGAGGUUCAAGUGAUUGUCGUGAUUGUAGUCGGAAUUGCUGUCAAAAAUAAUUGAGCAAAGAAAAAUAUUUUUCGUAUUGCGAAUAAAAUUGAUGAUAUUUAGUGAAUGUUUUACGUUUAAAUCUACAUUUAGUAUAGACAAAUAUAUUUGUACUCAAAAUCAAGUGCAUUUUCGGUUUGAUAGUUGGCUCAAACUGGUACAAAGAUAACGUUGCCUACGUUCCCAGCGAGUUGUAGAGAGAGAGAAUUUAAUUAUAUCGAACCAUGGCCGUAGCACCUGUAAAAAAUGAUAUCGAUGCCAUUUUUAAUAGACUUCGCUCAAUUCCAACCAAUAAAACAUGCUUCGAUUGUGGAUCAAAAAAUCCCACCUGGUCAUCGGUGACGUACGGAGUUUUCAUUUGCAUUGACUGUUCAGCAGUCCAUAGGAGCCUUGGUGUUCAUUUAACCUUUGUGAGGUCGACAAAUCUGGACACAAACUGGACUUGGUUACAGAUUCGCCAAAUGCAGUUAGGAGGCAAUGCUAAGGCGGCUCAGUUCUUCCGUCAGCAUAACUGCAACACCACUGAUGCACAGCAAAAAUACAAUUCUCGUGCAGCUCAGCUAUAUAAGGAUAAGCUUGCUAAUCUUGCUCAGCAAUCGCUGCAGCUCCAUGGUACUACGCAGCUUCACAUUGAUAACACGCAUGAUCAGAACGCUGAGAGCAAUACAAGCGAUGAAAUAGAUUUCUUCACCGAUUGUACCAGCUUUGAAGUUCCUGCUGUGGCCACGGAUGGUCACAAUAACAACCUGAAACAGGAGGUCCUUCAAACGGAUGACAUCCCGAAACUUGCCUCUCUGAGCAAUGAUGCAUCAAAAACUACUGGUGAUUUGCAAGGACCUAGUGUCGAUUUUUUGAAUUCAACCGUCCUGCCAGAUCCUCCGAAGUCAACUAUUGGAGUACGGAAGAUUCAACCGAAGAAAGGUGCUCUUGGCGGUAAGAAAGGUGGACUAGGAGCGACGCGUGUUAAGACCAAUUUUGCAGAAAUAGAAGAAAAAGCUAAUUUGGCUGAUAAAUUGAAGAUGUCUGCAGCAGUUCCAGUCGUAGAAAAACCUGUGAGCGAAGAAGAGCAAGCCCAAGCAUUAGCCAGUGUUCGUUUAGCCUAUCAGGACCUGUCCAUCAAGCAACAUAAAGAAGAAGAAAAGCUGAAAGCGAUAGAUCCGAAUAAAGCAAAACAAAUGGAACGUCUAGGUAUGGGUUUCGGUUCGCGCUCUGGAGUUUCACAUUCUGCCAUUACUGAUAUGAAAACUCUAAGCCAAGAGUCAACUUCGAAAAAUGGAUCGUCUCUGGGAAAAGGUUUCGACACUAAUAACGAUUUUUUCGAUGAUUACGCGACUUCAAUGUAUGGCAGUAGCAGUAGUAACAAUGCUGCUUCAAGUAGUAAAACAUCUUCGCCGCCAAAAGACUUUGCCACACUUAUGGGGUUCGAAACGAUCGAGCCUUUUGAAACAAAGCACAACAUACAGACCAUGUUUUCUCCCACUUCAACUGCAAAGAAUACAAGCAUCAGUGACCAACCCACGUAUAGCCGAAACACCACCAGUAAGAAGUCUGGAAACAGCUCCGGUAACGACUACGAGCUUUCCGACACGGCACAGAAAAAGUUUGGGUCAGCCAAGGGAAUCUCGUCGGAUCAAUUCUUCGGAGAUGAUAGUACUUCUUUCGAGCGAUCGACCAACCUAGCUAAAUUCCAGGGUUCUAGUAGUAUAUCUUCGGCGGAUUAUUUUGGACACGGAAGUGCUACCGGGGGAGCCAGUGUGGGACGAAAUCGGGCACCGAAUCUACAGUAUAACGGUCCAGACCUGGACGAUGUUAGGGAGAGUGUUCGGCAAAGCGUUACCAAGGUUGCGGGUCGAUUAAGCACGUUGGCUAAUGACGUGAUGUCUACAAUUCAAGAUAAAUACGGUUAUUAGGGGUUUUAUUUAUACAUUUUUAAAGAACUACUUAUUUUAAACUAUGCAUUAUUAUAUUAGAAAAGCUUAGAUCUUAUCAUAUGAUUGUUAAAAAUGGAAUCGUAUCAGUUCAAAUACAUGUACAGUAAUUGCUUUAGAUUCAUUUCUUUUAGUGAAUUAUGAUUGAAUUCAUCAUCGCAUUGUGCGAAUAAUUCAUAGAUGUUUUAUGAUUUUGAUAAAACUAAAUCGUGGAGUUGUUAACUAUAAUUGGCUGAUUUUUUACAAUUAUAAUCUGUAUCAACGAUCGUAAAUUCUUGCAUGUAUUACUACCAUAACCAAGCAAGAGAAAUAUGAGAGAAAUCGAAUUUCUACCAUUAUUUCAAUUACCGUGGGCACAACAAAAUCAAACGAAAAGCGCCUGAGUAAAUCGAAUUUGCACCGAAUUAUUUUUUUUUGUGUCGAGCCCUAUCUAAGCGAGUUUAAUAAAAAAUAUAUGUAAAGUCCAACAUUGUACAAAGGACGUAUUAUAUAAAAUAGAAAUACACCUGUUAAAAACACCUGCGUUGAAAAUAUAGAGUUCAAUACUGGGUCGAUACAUUCUGUAAUCAAUAUAAGCUAGAAUACUGGAACAAUUAUCCAGUCACUAAAUAAAAGCUACUUGUCUAUAAA